CUGUAGGUGGCACUAGUAAGCACAAUGCCAGGCAACAUCGAAACAUAACUCAUAGGAUAGCAAAGAAGCCCGGGUGAAGAAGGGGAAACAAAUGAAGAGUUAGCUAGUGUUACAUCGCAAUAUUAAAACUCUUACUCCUACCAAGUUGACUUACAGUUAACUUUCAUGAACAGAAGAUGGAAGUAGGAUAUGUCUGUGAGUGGGAGAAGAGACCCAGGAGCAACCAUUGCCCUUCAAUCCCGCUUGUGUGUGCAUGGUCAUGCAGAAACCUCAUCGCGUUCACCACCGAUCUUAAAAAUGAAGAGGAUGAAAAAGAUCUUAGCCGUAUGAUUCAUAUUAUUGAUACGGAGCAUCCAUGGGACGUGUACUCGAUCAACUCGGGCCACACAGAGGUGAUCAGCUGCUUGGAAUGGGACCAGUCAGGGUCGCGGUUGUUGUCGGCGGACGGCGACGGUCAGAUCAAGUGCUGGGCCAUGACGGAGCAUCUGGUGAACAGCUGGGAGAGCACGCACAGCAGCGCGGUGGACGGCGACCCCAUCGUGGCCCUGUCCUGGCUACACAACGGCGUCAAACUGGCCCUGCAUGUGGAGAAGUCGGGCUCCACUAACUUUGGGGAGAAGUUCUCGCGGGUGAAGUUCUCGCCGUCGUUGACGCUGUUCGGGGGGAAGCCGAUGGAGGGCUGGUUGGCCGUAACGGUCAGUGGCCUGGUGACCGUGUCUCUGCUCAAGCCCAACGGCGCGUUGCUAAGCGCCAGCGAGAGUCUGUGCCGCCUGCGGGGACGCGUGGCGCUCGCCGACAUCGCUUUCACGGGCGGAGGCAACAUCGUCGUCGCGGCGACGGAUGGGAGCAGCUCGUCGCCAGUGCAGUUCUACAAGGUGUGUGUGAGCGUGGUGAACGAGAAGUGUCGCAUCGACACUGAGCUGCUGCCCUCCCUCUUCAUGCGCUGCACCACUGACCCCGCGCGCAGAGACAAGUACCCGGCCGUCACGCACCUCAAGUUCCUCACGCGCGAGAACUCCGAACAGGUGCUGCUUUGUGCCUCUAGUCAGAUGGGCAGCAUAGUGGAGUGCUGGUCACUGCGGAAGGAAGGACUUCCUGUCAAUAACAUUUUCCACCAGCGCUCACCAGCCGUGGGCGAGAAGCAGCCCAUGAUCCUGAAGUGGCGAAUCCUCUCUGCCACCAACGACCUUGACCGCGUGUCUGCUGUCGCUCUUCCGAAGCUGCCCAUCUCCAUCUCCAACACUGACCUCAAAGUGGCGUCCGACACCAAGUUCUGCCCUGGCCUGGGCCUGGCUCUGGCAUUCCACGACGGCAGUAUUCAGGUUCUGCACCGGCUCUCUCUCCACACCAUGGGUGUGUACUACGGUUCUUCCUCCGGUUCCUCCCAGCGCGUGGGCGAGGAACCCGCUAUCAAGAGGCAGCGUGCCGGAGGCCCCACCAUCCACUUCAAGGCCCUGCAGUUCUCCUGGACCUCGCUGGCCCUGGUCGGAGUGGACAACCAUGGGAAGCUGCACAUGAUCCGUGUGUCACCGUCCAUGGGUCAGAUGCUGGACAUGAACACGCUGCUGCGCCACCUGCUGUUCCUGCUGGAGUACUGCAUGGUGACGGGCUACGACUGGUGGGACGUGCUGCUCCACGUGCAGCCAGGGAUGGUGCACAACCUGGUGGAGCGUCUGCACGAGGAAUACAUGAGGCAGAACCAGGCCCUGCAGCAGGUUCUGUCCACGCGGAUCGUGGCGGUGAAGGCGUCGCUGUGUAAGUUGUCGUCGGCGACGGCGGCGCGUGCCUGUGACUUCCACGCCAAGCUCCUCCUCAUCGCUAUAAGCUCCACCCUCAAGUCGCUGCUGCGCCCGCACGUGCUCAGUACGCCCGACAAGAGUCCCGGUGACCGCCUGGCCGAGAUCUGCACCAAAAACACCGACACUGACAUCGAUAAGGUGAUGAUCAACCUGAAAACGGAGGAGUUCGUGCUGGACGGGCCGCCUCUGCAGUCUCUCCAGCAGCUCAUCCAGUGGGUCGGCGACUUCGUGCUUUACCUGAUGGCCAACCUGCCCAACCAGGGGUCAGUGGUGCGUCCGGGCUUCGGGUUCCUGCGUGACGGCGCGUCCCUGGGCAUGCUCAGAGAGAUGAUGGUGAUGAUCCGUAUCUGGGGCCUGCUGAAGCCGGGCUGCCUGCCCAUCUACACGGCCACCUCCGACAACCAGGACAGCAUGAGCCUCCUGUUCCGCCUGCUGACCAAGCUCUGGCUCUGCUCACGGGACGAGGGUCACCCCCAGGAGCCGGACGAGUCUUUGAUCGACGAGUGCUGCCUUCUGCCCAGUCAGCUGCUGGUGCCCAGUAUGGACUGGCUGCCCAUCAACGACGGCGUCAUCACCAAGAUGCAGAGCAAGCAGCCGCUGCGGCUACAGUUCGGCAAACCCUACACGCUGCCCAGCCUCACGUCCAACACACAGGUGGACAUCUUCUCCAGGAGCCCCGGGUCUCAGCGGAUGGAUAACCUGCGCUGUCUACACCUGGGGGUGUAUCCCACUGAGGACAGCAAGGCCUGCACCAGGUGUGGCUGUGUGACCAUGCUGCGCUCCCCCAAUAAGACCAACGCCAUGAAGCAGUGGGAGCAGCGCUGGAUAAAGAACUGCCUGUGUGGAGGCCUGUGGAGGAGGAUACCCCCUGUGCUCUCCUGACCGUCACACCUCAACA